GUCUUGCAAACAUUUUUCACCAGUGCCUCCAUACAAGUGCGUCGUUGGAAGCAACGCCGUCAGAGAGGGUGCGAUCUAAGGAACAACACAGCUCCCCCAACAAGCGGACCCAUUUACUCUCCGACUUUUGCGACCCCAGUUCCGAAUAUUCGUUCUGAACGCAUUGUACGAAGCAGGCUUUGCAAUGACUUUCCCAUUUAGCCUAGUUGAUGUGAUCAUCGUUUGUGUGACUGCUUGCUUUCUGCUUUACAUGUAUGCAGCAAGGCAUCGAAACUACUGGAAAAGCCAGAAUGUGGCACACGAGAAGUUUUCUUUGAUAUUCGGACCUGCGAAGAGAUUGCUGUUAAAGCCAGUGUGUCUGAGUGAUCAAGAAAGAUACAAGAAAUACGGACGAUUAUUUGGUGCGUACGAGCAAGGGAAACCAUGCCUCUUCGUAGCCGAACCUGAUUUGAUAAAGCGGGUCCUCGUCAAGGAUUUCCCGUCUUUGCCAAACAGGAGGCUGCGACGCACAUCAAACCCCCUAUUGGACAACAUGAUGGUUAUGGCAGCCGCUGAGCGCUGGCGAUCAAUACGCCCCGCAUCUAGUCCGGCAUUCUCGACUGGGAAGCUGCGUAAGAUGAAUGCGCUGAUUCAGGAUUGCGCGAGGAUCACAUGUAAGCAUCUCAAAGAAGCGGCGGAGAGAAACGACGACAUCGAUGUCAAAAGGUUCUUUGGGCACUACUCACUCGACGUGAUCGCAAGAUGCGCGUUUGGCACAAGACUUGACUCCCACACGGACGCCACCAACGAGUUUGUGACGCAAGCCAGUAAGGCAUUUUCCGCAAGAAUGUCCUGGAGGCUGCUUAUUGCAGUGCUUUUUCCGGGACUGGUGAAGUAUUUCAGCUUUAAAAUAGGAACUGGUGAUGAGUUUGAGUACUUCAGAAAUGUUUGUCAGCGCAUCAUAAACGAGAGGCGUCAGGAAGGCCACCGUCAAGAAGAUUUUUUGCAGCUCAUGAUGGAUGCUCAAGAAGGUAGCCUUGCUUCAAGCGAUGAUGGCUCAGCAGAUCCAGAGAACAAGCUGUUCGACGUUGGUUCGGAAAACAAGCCGGAGUCGACGAGCAUUACUAAACGUCUGAGUGAAAUCGAAGCCAUGGCACAGUGCGUACUAUUCUUUCUGGCCGGUCAGGAGACUACAUCGUCAACGAUAGCUUUCACCGCCUACCUGCUUGCUCUCAAUCCCAACGUCCAAGAAAAGCUGCGAAAAGAAGUGGACGAUUGCAUUACGGCGAAUGGCCCGGAGCCCAGCUUGGACGUUAUAUUCAAGCUGAAGUACUUGCACUGCGUGGUAUCGGAAGCGUUACGCUUGUUCCCGCCUGCAACAAGGCUUGAACGGUCAGGGUACGAUGACUACAUUCUUGGUGAGACUGGAAUCAAGCUUCCGAAAGAGUGUUGUGUUGUGAUCCCUGUUUACGCGAUGCAUCACGACCCGGAGCUGUUCCCCAACCCUGAGAGCUUUGAACCAGAACGAUUCAGCGACGAGAACGUGGAGUCCAUUCAGCCGUACACUUAUCUUCCUUUCGGUGCUGGGCCACGGAACUGCAUUGGGAUGCGCCUCGCGCUUCAGUCCGUCAAGCUCUGCCUGCUUCAUUCGUUACAUAGUGUUCAGUUCGUCCGCACAAAUAAAACAAAGGAUCCCUUGACCAUUAAGAAAGGACUGGGUGUCUUAACAGCUGAAGACAUCACAGUUGGAAUACGGAGAAGGCCAGAUCAACACGUCUAGAUAUGAUUUCACGAAAACACUAAAAUCCACUUUGUAUUGUGGGGUGGUAGUGACCAAGAAAUGUGUCUUUCUUGGAAAUAAAACAUGAUACAACAUUUAAGUGAAAAAAAAAGUAAUUGUCUUGUGCCAAUAAAAGACGCGCUGAUAGUGCUGUA